GUUAAUUUGCAAUAACGGCUAACGAUUUAGAAAAACCCUCAAAUGGCUUCGUGGACGGAAGUACUGACAAAUGCUGCCAUGUUUGUGAUAAUCCAAGCUCUGGCGUUUCUGAUAAUCCCCACUUCUUUCGACAUAUUCGCUUCCAAUAUCAAGAUGAAGAAGGACAAGAGAUCUUUUGGCUUCAAACUCUCCUGUUCCUUUUCCCAUUUACUCGCUUUAAUCUCUGAUGAUGUCUCUCGUGUCGAAGGAGAAGCAGAAGAUGAAGAAGAAGCAUCCUCACACUUCCCAAAAGACCCAAAAUUCAUUUUUCUUCUACUUUUCACAAUGUAUGGAUCAUGUCAAUUUAAAGAAGGGUCUGAUGAUCGACAUGAUCCAUAUGUUUAA